AUGGCUUCUCCAAGUGAUCGUGUGCCGACGGCCAGGUCUCGGAAUGGUUGCAUUACCUGCAAGACCCGCCGCGUCAAAUGCGACGAGACGAGACCUACUUGCCGCAGGUGCGAGAAUGCAGGAAGAAGGUGUGAUGGCUAUGGAGAUGGUUUGGAUUCAGGGUCUCCUGAGGGUGCCUCGUCAAAUAGCCUCCGGGUAGUACAGCACGUCCCCGGUAUCUCGAAGCCAACUCGCAUGUGGAAGACCCCCCAGUCGCCGGACCUCAUCAGCGAGGAUGAGUAUCGCUCUCUGGAAUUCUUCCACCAGAAUACAACCCAGGCGUUCACCGCAGAUAUCGGCGUUCUGCUACUUCGCGUGGCGUACCACCAGCCCAUUUUGAGGAGCAUCGCCGUCGCCUUGGGCUCUCUCCAUCGGUCCUUUGUCCUCCAUGGGAGAGGCCCUCUGGCAAACAGCACCGACGCGCAAUUUAUGCUGCUUCACUACAAUAGAGCCAUACGAGAGUUGGUGUCAAUACAGCCUGAGACAGCGCAGCGAGACGAAACGUUCCUGAUUGCCUGUAUCUUCUUCUUCUGCUUCGAGUGCCUUCGAGGCGAGUACAAGAACGCCGUGUGA